AUGGCGGACGGUAUUCCAUUUCCGAAGGGGCUGCCUUUCCUAGGCAACAUUUUCGAUAUUGAUGCAGAAUUUCCUAUGCAAAGCCUUAUGAGCUUGGCCAACAGAUAUGGAGAGAUAUUCAAGCUUAGAUUGGGGGGAAAUGAGCGGGUCUUCAUUUGCCAGCAUGGACUUUUCGACGAGCUUAUGGACGAAAAGCGUUUCGAAAAGGCAGUUACAGGAGCUCUCGUCCAUAUUCGAGGAGCUGUUCAUGAUGGUCUAUUCACUGCUCUGCCAGGAGAACACAAUUGGGAGGUUGCGCAUCGAGCAUUGAUGCCAGCAUUUGGACCCUUGCCCAUCCAUGGAAUGUUUGACGAAAUGUAUGACAUCGCCAGCCAGUUGGUUCUUAAAUGGGAACGUUAUGGCCCUAAUCAUGACAUCCAUGUCACCGAUGACUUUACUCGCUUGACCCUGGAUUCGAUAGCUUUGUGUGCUAUGGGGACUCGAUUCAACUCGUUCUACACGGAAGAAAUGCACCCUUUCGUCCAUGCAAUGGUUGGUAUGUUGGUUGGGGCAGGCGAGCGUGCACGGCGGCCGCCCCUACCCUCGUACUUUUAUCAAGCUGCAGAUCGAAAAUUCCAAGAAGAUGUCAACUUGAUGGUCAAAGUUGCCACGGACCUCGUCAAGCAGCGCCGCGAAAACCCUACGGAAAAGAAAGACCUACUAAAUGCAAUGCUGUACAACAAAGAUCCAAAGACUGGCGAGCAUCUGAGCGACGAAAGUAUCGUGAACAACAUGAUCACAUUCCUUAUUGCUGGGCACGAAACUACUUCUGGGCUUCUCUCUUUCGUUUUCUACGAGCUCCUCAAAAACCCAGAGGCAUAUCAACGUGCUCAAAAGGAGGUCGACACUGUGGUUGGUGACGAGCCUGUCACGAUUCAGCACCUCUCGAGAUUAGAAUAUCUCAACGCAAUCCUCCGAGAGACACUGCGCCUUCAUCCACCAGCUCCGGCGUUUACGGUCAAAGCGAAACAAGAUGAGGUCAUUGGCGGCAAAUACCAUGUCACAAAGGACAUGGCGCUUGUCUCAUUUUUGAUGGCAAUCCAUCAAGAUCCAGCUGUUUAUGGCGAGGAUGCGCAGCAAUUCCGACCGGAGAGGAUGAUGAAUGAGCCUUUCAGCAAGCUCCCUCCGAACGCCUGGAAGCCAUUCGGAAACGGCUCCCGUGCAUGCAUUGGUCGACCCUUUGCAUGGCAGGAGGCGCUGCUAGCCUUGGCCAUGCUUCUUCAAACCUUUGAGUUUAGCAUGUCAGAUCCAGCCUAUCAGCUUAUAAUUCAGUCUACUUUGACCAUCAAACCCAAAGGCUUUUAUAUGAGGGCGAAGGCUCGACAUCCUGACGUUGAAUCUCGCUUUCGUGGGCCAUCAUCAUCUUCUACCAUGCCCCCAACGACAUCAACACAACAAUCUGCACCAUCAUCAGGCCCCGAGCCGACCCUUCCAAUUUUGUACAUCUACUAUGGCUCCAAUACCGGGACAUGUGAAGCCAUGGCACACUCUUUGGCAUCUUCAGCCUCCUCUCAUGGCUUCCAGGCCAAGGUUGACAUACUGGAUAAGGCAACGGAUGCUCUGCCCAAACAGGGCCCAAUGGUGGUUAUCACAUCGAGUUACGAAGGAGAGCCACCAGACAAUGCUGCCCAUUUUGUCUCCUGGUUGAAGGGUUUACAAGGGACUGAAGCGAGUGGAGUCAAGUAUGCUGUUUUUGGAUGCGGAAAUCGAGACUGGCAACAUACUUAUCACAAGAUUCCAAGGCUUGUCGAUGCAACUCUGGCAGAGAGAGGUGCGGAGCGUUUAGUCCCCAUAGGAGUUGCUGAUGCCAAUGAUGCCAACAUCUUCGACCGCUAUGAUAUCUGGAAAGACGAAAAAUUGUGGCCGGCUCUUGCGGAGACGUUCCACACCAAACAAGGAAAUCAGGGCACGCCUCUAAAGACAGGGUUAGAAGUCCAGGUCUCCACGGAUACAAGGGCAAGCUACCUACGGCAAAAUCUCAAGCAAGCACUAGUGCGCUCAGGGACUCCUUUGACACCUCCUGGUGCACCCGAGAAGCGACACCUGGAGAUUGAGCUUCCCUCUGGAAUGACCUAUCGGGCAGGCGACUAUCUGGCCAUUCUUCCAUUCAACCCGGUUGCAAACGUACGGAGAGCCAUGGCAAGGUUCUGUCUCCCCUGGGAUGCUAUUAUCACCAUCAGUCCAGGUGAACACACCACACUUCCUGUGGGCAAACCUAUUCCAUUGUUUCAAGUCUUCUCUGCAUUGGUCGAGUUGUCACAACCCGCAACUUCGAAGCAAUUGAGGCACGUGGCGGCAACAAUCCGAGAACCAGACAUAAGAGAUAGCCUCGAAAAGCUUGCAGGAGAGGAUUUCGAUGCAGAGAUCAUCAAGAAGAAUAGGUCCCUCCUCGACAUCUUGGUCCAAUAUCCGACCGCACAGUUCUCGCUUGGUCAGUUCCUUCAAGAGCUGCCUCUCCUGCGAGUUCGACAGUACAGUAUCUCCUCGUCUCCGCUCAAUGAUCCAUCAAAUUGUACGAUUACCUAUUCGGUUAUUGAUGCCCCAAGCAGAAGCGGAAAGCCGGAAGAGGGUCAUUUCUUGGGAGUCUGUACUAAUUACCUACGUUCGCGGCAGCCUGGAGACUGGAUCCAUGUUGCAGUGCGACCUAGUCACCAGGGCUUCCAUCUUCCCUUGGCCGAUGACUUCCCAAUCUUGAUGAUAUGUGCCGGGACCGGACUUGCACCUUUCCGAGCGUUUGUUCAGGAGCGAGCGAUUAAGAUCGGCUCCGGAGGAAAGUUGGGGCCAGCGUUGCUGUUUUAUGGCUGCGGCUCCCCGGACCGUGACGAUCUUUACAAGGAUGAGUUUGCAGAAUGGCAAGCACAAGGGGCAGUCGAAGUCCGACAUGCUUAUUCUCGAUCGCCGGAGCAGAGCCUCGGCUGUCGUCAUGUACAGGACAGGAUCUGGCACGACCGGAGUGAUGUGAAAGAGCUCUUUCUGCAGAAGGCCCGGAUUUACAUGUGCGGCUCCAGUGCCUUGGGGACGGAGAUCAAUAAGGUGUUCAGCAAGAUCUACAUGGAUGUUCAAGGAGUCUCUCAAGACGAAGCAGAUGCAUGGGUUGCCCACUUGAAAGGCGUCAGGUAUUGGGCAGACGUAUUUGCUUAG